AUGGAGUUGGCGAUGACCCGGGCGAUAGGGGAGGCUUAUACUACCAAUGCUACGCGUUUUCGCGAGGAGGGACGGCAGCAUCUGGAGGUGAGGUUCAAGUUCCGCCAUCCUGGCGCCACGAAGGCUCAGUUGGAUCGGUCGGGGGAUCCUGGUGCUCUUGCCAGGCAGGCGCGGGUUGUACAGCGCUGGAUCAACAGCAGUGACGUCACUCGCACGGACGACUGCCUUGGGAUCGGCAAGGUCUGCAUCGUUGGUUGGAAGGAUAUUCCAGAGGAGGAGCUGGUUGCAGACGAGCAUGGUGACCUUGAUCUGGAUGAGCUAGUGAGCGAGCCGGGCUCGCAGGAGCGGGAUUAUGAUGAGAAUGAAGAGCAGGAGGAGCUUUACGGGUGA